ACCACACACAGUAGCCAGCCACGACACUACAGUAGCUUCGCGUAGUCGACUGCUCCCCCGGUCCGCCCGGGCGAUCGUCCAAGCCUUCCACAUACUUAGCGGCUGGACAUGGUUCAUCGCUCUUAUCGGAUGAAUGCUCGUGCCAGGAUGUUUCUUCGUCCAAGGCCCCCCCCCCCUGUUGCAUCCUGCAAUCCCGUGAAUUGGCACUAGCUGCCCAUCAUUCUCGGAGCUGGUGCCAUCUACUGACGACGAGCUCCCACGAGUCUCCAUUAUGCAAAGACGUCCCUCGUUGGGAAAGGUAGGUCUACAUGUUCCCUGUCUGGUCCGUUUGCAAUCCCAUCCAUGACCUCCCCCCUGCUCAAGAGACACGAGUGGCUCCGAUCUUGGCUUGGAAUUUUGUUCCGAUUGUCUUCCUACUACUGCUGCUGCUACUACCUGCUACUGCUAUUUCUUGUCACUCACUACUAAUCAUUCUCCCUGCUGCUGCCGUGCUCAUAAUAUACUUUCUCGUCCCCCCUUGAUCCUUUCGUCAGCAAGAGAUCACGCUCCGCCCAGUCAACACCACACAUAGCCUCUGUGCCUGCCUGUCUGACCCUCUACCAACAUCCAAUCUGAAACCUGACCUCGUCUUUUCUUUUCUUACGACAUCUUCCAUCGUGUGCUUGCUUGGCCUGCCCUUUCAGUCAGCUUGUGCCCCAUUGUGUUCGACCAUAGACCUACGCCUUGGAGCUGGAACGACGCCGUAUUGCUCCAUCACCAUCGAUUCUCAACCUUCCCUCAUCCUUCUCCUCAGCCAAAUCCAAUUCGCAAGACCGAGGUCGUUCUGUUCUGCCUCUACUUCCGGUUGAUCGUACCAGCAGUAUUGGUGUUGGCAAUUGCACCUGAAACCAGAAACCCCCAAACGUCAAUCAGAACACUACAUGUCUGUGGCGGCAAUCUCAUCUCUCCUUCUCAUCUUUGCCCCAUCCCAAAUAUACGCCUACAAAUCGGCUCUCCAACAUGGUUUUCUGCACCUAUUGUGGUCAGUCUUUUACCCGAGAUGAGCACUUGGAAAGGCACAUUCUUACCCAUACCAAUGUCAAGCCGUUCAAGUGCUUCACUUGCCACAUGAGCUUUGCUCGCCGUGAUCUACUCCAGAGACAUUACACUGUUCAUGGUCGAGAUGCGAACAACCAGGAGGGCCUCCCACCUAGCGCUGGUAUCAUCCCGAAGUCUGCUGGUAGAACUCCAAUUGCGUGUAGCAACUGUGCGAAGACCAAGACCAAGUGCGACAAGAAGUUUCCGUGUAGUCGAUGUGCGCAGCGAAAUUUGAAGUGCACAUUGCGUCCUACACGACGAGCAUCCAAAAAUGUGAACCGAGUAGCUCCCUCGGCCGAAACAUCAACGAGUGGGAACUCGAGCGAGGGGGGGAACAACAAUGACUCUCAGAACACUUCCAAUGGGAAUUCUCCUGCUCGAGAGGAUAACCCCUCAUCUCAGGCAAGUCAGCAGCAGCCACCACACCAGGUUGUGAAUGUUCAAUCGCAGCCACAACCUCCACACCAACUCCCUUCAGCGCCACAUUCGCGAAACCCGUCCAUCUCGCAGCCAGUACAGCAUAUUCAUACCAUCACACCAGAAGAAAAGCCACUCAGCGUUCCUGUUUCAACCACCACUCCGCCAUUUUUCGAACAGACUCCCCAUGGUGGACUACCGCAGGCAUUGCCAUCGGUUUUAUCUCCACUCGCAACGCCAGUCAACGGCUUCGUUUCCCAGACUCCAAUGUCCGGUUACGACGACUUCGUAACAACAGUUCAGGACAAUUCGGACAGGGCAAGCCCGCGUUUCAUGUUGGACCCAUGGAAUCCGGCGUCAAUGGGCCAGGAGUUCGACCCGAUGAGGAUAGAUCCUUCACUCAUGAUGACCAUGAAUAUGGAUAUGAACAUGGGAACGUCCGCGGACAGUAUACUCAGUAUGAUUCCGGAGAUGUCGCCCCACGCAUCAUAUGGUGCUGUGCAAACGCCUUUACAAACACCUCGAAUGGAUGAAUCCUUUUCGGAUCUCCAGAUCGGGAGCUCCGCUUCAAUGUUUUAUCCCUCAACACGCCCCACAUCGAUUAUCGACGCCGGUAUACCCGAUCUUGGUGCCAUCAUAGCCGCUCAGGAUGGUUGGACAGUGUUUCGAUGCACACCAACCAAACCUUCGAGUUCGUGUCCUCGUACUGCCAAGCUGAAUCUUGAGCGCCUGGAACAGAGUCUCAAGAACCACGAGGGGUGGAAUAACUGGAGGCCUUCUCUUGACGACUCGGAUUACAAUCAGGAUGGUCGAGUCGAUGUAGCAAAGAUACAUGAAGCCACGCGCGAAAAGCUGUUCGCCAUCACACAGAGCUUCUUACAUAAAGCCCUUGACAUCCACAAGGAUGACUCGAGUAGCUCUCCGGGCAGUGGCGACUCUCCGGGAUCCACGUCUUCCAACUUCGUGAUUCUCCCUCCUGCUCAUGUGCUGGAUCUUUUUCUCCGCUCUUAUGCCAACUCUUUUGAGCGCUUCUACCCAACAACAGCGCGUGGACUCUUAGAUGCGAAUGAGUUGAUGCAUAACUACAAUGAUAAAGCUUCCAGUCUUCUCAUUCUGAUGAUGAUUGCUCAGGGCGCGAUGACGAUACCCUCCAUAGAAGCUCGGUGGUUGACCGGUGGCUUUACAGAAGCUUGCCGCAUUUCACUCUUCGACCUCGUAGAGAAGAACAUCAUAAUGGCCAGUGAUCCAAUCGUUUUGCGAGCAGCUCUGCUCUUCACCGUUCAGGCGGCCUGGAGUGGCGACAAGUGGCAAAUGGACAUUGCCAUGGGUCAGCGGGGCAUGUAUUUCUCCAUGUUACGACACUCGGGAAUUCUCGAACCGCGUCAAUUGUCAACUCCCCAUUUGAACAGCAAUGUACCAGUCGAUACGCUGUGGAGGGAUUGGAUUCAGCAGGAGGGUCGAAGUCGCCUCAUCUAUUCGUGGGUAAUGGUCGAUCAAGACCUCUCUCUGUUUCAUGAUUCGGCUCCUAUGUUUUCUGUGACCGAGUUUGGAGCGCCCAUGCCGGAUGCUGAUUCGCUUUGGCAAGCCAAGAAUGCAUCUGAAUGGUCAGAGAUAUUUAAUGAGGUGCAUGCUUUCAGUAACGGGUUUCCGUCCUUCAAUUCUGGUAAACGCCCGCUGAGUCUGAGAGAUCUUUUCCGUCAUUUUCUGGAUGAUGAAAUAAUAGCCCUGGAAAUCCCUCUGACUCCAAUGCACCUUCGUCUCCUCUUACAUCCCCUGCAAACAAUGGUAUGCCAGUACUGUCAACUUCUCAGUUGUUUCUCCGACAGUAUGGCUUCGAGACAGCGGUCGAGGGCUGUAACUGCAGCAUCGACUCGUGUUCGUCUUGAAGAAGUACAGUCAUUAUUGCAACGGUGGUUCGAGUUGGCUGAGCGAUACAUGAAAAUCAACCCAGUGUGUCCCUUGAUGCAAGCCAAUCUUGUCAUGUUCCAUCUUGUCAGCCUCAACGCCGUCACCAAUUUUCCAGAGAUUGAGCGCCUGGCGCGACAUGAGGGCGUCGAUGGCACGUACCAGCAAAUGCUCUGGAUCCAUAAGAAGUGCAUCUCGGAUGUUCACGAGGCGGUCUUCCACUCCGGCCAGAUUCUUAAAAUCAUCCGAGAAAUGCCGAGAGGCAUCCGUCCUCCAUGGUGGCCCGGCGCCAUCUACCGCGCCGUUCUCGUCCUGUGGACAGACUCACUGACACACAACGACUCGUUGAGCCCCAAUCAACAAUCACCAUACUCCAGCGCUGGUCCGACAUUUCCCAUCGAUCGCCUUCAGGCGAGCGAUCCGAUUCUUGUCCGUUAUGUGACUCGCAGGGAAGGCGUUCCCACACUCACUAAGAGUGACGGGUCGCCAGUGGCUAUCAAUAAUGGUUUUACUGUCAUUUCGCAUUGUGUCGAUGUGAUAGACGAGGGUCUGGCGACAAGGUUCUCCGAUGGUAUUCGUGGAAAGCUAGAGAAGUUGGCCAGGGGGUAG